CCCCGACUGGUCCCACAGGUUCAAUCUCAAAUGAUAAAAAAUGGAUCGACUCAGCGGUAUAAGUACUUGCCAGGAUCCUCCUGGAUGUUUAUCUCCCGGCUACCGACCGUGCUCAGUACUACAUCUCCAUCCCAACUAGGAUAUCUGAGUGUCGCUAGUGCAUAGCUCGACAUGUCGGACCAACAACACCAUCAGGAUGCCACGCGAACCCUCUCCCUGGGAACUGGCCAGGGUCAAUUCGAUCCCUUAGACCUUCCCCUCCGCCAAGUAACCAAUGAUGCGAACAUGGAAGAGUACACCGCGGAGACUGCGACGGGAGAGAUCAUCAAGCCAGUCAAAUCUUCCGCUACCGGCAAGGUAGAGGACUGGAAGCUGGUCACUUUCAAAGUCGAUGAUCCCGAGAACCCAAAGAACUGGUCCAAGGCCUACAAAUGGUACUGCACUAUGGUCGUCUCGCUCACAUGUUUCGUCGUCGCCUUCGCCAGUAGUGUGAUCACGGCCGACCUUGAAGGGCCAUCCGAGGCGUUCAAUGUCUCUCAUGAAGCCAGUCUUGUUACGGUUACGGUCUUCGUCAUUGGGUUUGGUGUCGGCCCUAUGGUGUUUGCUCCUCUUUCGGAGAUGGUUGGACGCAGGCCUGUUUACGCUGUUACGCUCCUGCUUGCGGUUAUCUUCGUCAUACCUUGCGCGGUUUCCAAGAAUAUCGGUACCCUUAUCGUCUGCAGAGCUAUCGAUGGUAUCGCGUUCAGUGCUCCAAUGACGUUGGUCGGCGGUACCCUGGCUGAUAUGUGGAGGAAUGAGGAACGUGGUGUCCCCAUGGCUGCCUUCUCUGCCAGCCCUUUCAUUGGUCCUGCCAUCGGUCCUCUUGUCGGCGGUUAUCUCUGCCGCGCUGGUUGGAGAUGGCUUUACUGGAUCCAGCUCAUUCUGGCCUUUGUCGCCUGGGUACUGAUUACUUUCACUGUCCCGGAGACCUAUGCGCCAAUGAUUUUGCAGAAGAGAGCAAAGAAAUUACGGAAGACAGAAAACGAUCCGAAGUAUGUCACGGAGACAGAAUUGGACGCUCGCCCCAUGGGAGAAAGAUUGCGUAUCUUCCUCAUCCGCCCAUUCCAACUCCUGUUUUUGGAACCCAUUGUUCUGUUCAUCUCCAUUUAUAUGUCCGUAUUGUAUGGCUUGCUAUACAUGUUCUUCGUCGCCUAUCCCAUUGUCUACCAAAAAGGAAAGGGAUGGAGCUCAGGCCCUACUGGUCUGAUGUUUAUUCCUUUGGCUAUUGGUGUCUUGUGUAGCGCUGCCUGUGCUCCUUUUGUCAACAAGCACUAUCUUACACUUGUUAAGAAGCACGGUGGAAAGGCUCCAGCUGAAGCGCGUCUGAUACCUAUGAUGCUUUCAUGCUGGUUUAUCCCCAUUGGUCUCUUUAUCUUCGCCUGGACAUCAUACCCGAACAUCCACUGGAUUGGCCCUUGCAUUGGUGGCUUCCCCGUUGGAUUUGGCUUUAUCUUCUUGUACAACUCCGCGAACAACUAUCUCGUGGAUACAUACCAGCAUCAGGCAGCCUCUGCUCUUGCCGCAAAGACUUUCCUCCGUUCCAUGUGGGGUGCUUCCACAGUAUUGUUCACUGAGCAGAUGUAUGACCGCUUGAACGACCGAUGGGCCAGUUCGUUGCUAGCCUUCAUUGCACUCGCUUGCUGCGCAAUCCCCUACGUCUUCUACUUUAAAGGCGCGUCUAUCCGUCGUUAUUCAAAGUUUGCCUUCGCCGACGACGAGGAGCAGCAGGGAUCGGGAGAGAAGCACUAGAGAUCUUGGAUGCAUAGCUCCCUGCUUAAGGGUUCGAACUUUCGAGAAAAAAAUGCUAUUCCAUCCCGAUACGUCCUUUACUAAUUUCCGGUCGGUUUAUUAUGCAUGUUUUGCUAGGGUUUGUCUUUUUGGUUACGAUUCCGGUCCUCUGAAUGGCAUAUAAAAAAAGCGGAGUCCUCUGGGUUGGUUUUCGGAAGCAUUGAUAGAUAUCAUAUACCAAUUGCAAUAGAGUUAGAUUAGUAGAUAUUUUUA